CAUACACCAGAGGCAAUGGAUAGGGUGAGCAGUCACUGCAGCCAGAAAACCUCAGUACAGAGCACAGGCAAUUACCCUCCACAUGCAGAGACUUUGGAGCUGAACUGUGCUGAACGGAGACCCCUCCAGCUGAGAGAGCCAUGUGUGCCCGGGAAGAGCAGCCACUUUCACUCCGCUGAAAAGCAAUGCAAACACACCGAUGAGAAGAACUGCUUCCAGGUCUGGGUGGACGUGAACCUGAGUGGAGCCUGGACGCCGUUAAAGCCACACUAACUAACCCAACUUCUAAAUUAUGACUACAGUAAGGAUUUUAACUCCACAAUGCUGCUAUGCUGGGUUGUGACAGGCUUCCUACCCAGGUCUGGAAGGUGCUCGAUGAUGUUAGGAGUAAAUAUAAACCCAGAUGAAGAGUGGCAUAAGAAAUGGAUGGACCAACCCCAGAGCCUGUGUACGUUGAUGUGGACAAGGGACUGACGUUGGCAUGUUUCGUCUUCCUCUGCCUCUUCUUGAUUGUGAUGAUUAUUCGCUGUGCAAAAGUCAUCAUGGACCCUUACAGUGCCAUCCCUACAUCUACAUGGGAGGAGCAGCAUCUAGAUGACUGAAAGGACUUCAAUACACAGAGCCAUGAAAUGCUGCAAUCCAGGAGGCCUUUUCCCACUGGGAAGGCUAACACACAAACAGCCGUUUUCAGAUAUGCAGGGCAACAGCAAUAUCUCUAAGAGCACAUAGUGUAAAUGAUUCUUGCUCAACGGAUCAGGUUAUCAGCAAGCCAUUCUGGCAACACAGUUUAAUACUAUGCAGCAAUCUUUAUUUUACUGAAAACAGUUAUCAUUGUAACUCAAGUAGCACAAGACUCUUCAGACUUUGCCUAAUACAGCUCUUAGUCUAGCACAGUUUGUCCCCCCCUCAGUACCUCCCACAAAUCCAGGACAACCAUCAGAAUUUGGAAAAGCAACAAGAACAUUGUGUCUUCCCUGGAAAUGGAUUGCUUCAAGAAUCUUCCUCAAUCAUCAUAUUUGUGUUUCGAAAAAGGUCCAGAUUUUAUAAUUUUGUAUCCCAGAGCAUCACGAAGUUAGAAGCACUAAAGCAUGUCUGGUUAAGGAGGGUUAUACAGGCAAAUUUAUUCUCAAUUCACUUGGUUCUGCACAUACACUCCUUACCCCACUGCUGCUGUAUUUCCAGCGAUCAGGAUACAGAAACACUUGGACUAUAGAUCCCAAGGGGGUCAUGGUCUACUGCUGACCCUGUAGCAUCACCUCACUCUCCUACUCAUGCAAAAACUAAGCAUAUCAUCUGCCAUGGGUCCAUGGAUUACCCAGAUAUGUCAGACCACUUACUAUGAGCUUGGUAGCCACCAGAAGUCCAUGGAAUAGAGCUUGGACACUGCUGGUUUCAACUAUAUAGAAACUGCUAUGAUUUUCAAAGAGAGAUUCCACAUGCAACUCCACCCAUCUUUUGUUUGAGGUGCACUUCAAUGGAUGAGACAUAAAUAGGAUGACAAAGACAAUAAGCAAAGGGACAUUGCUCCUAGCUUUGUCACUCAGACAGACUCCUCAGCAUAACAGUUAUAGUAAUAUACAAUAAUAUGCAUUCUACCUCGGAGAAAUCCAGCACCUUCAAAAGAAGAAUUUUCCCACAAACCUGUAAGGUGAAUAGCUGCACAUUUCCUCCUCUAUAUUCAUUAAGACAUCCAUUAUGCAAGAAAACAUAAGUGAGCAUGGGAGCUUUGGAAAAUUAGUAUUUACCUUACAUAGAGUGGGAAUUGAGGAAUUCUUGUGUCCUCUAUUCCCCAAAUUCUAAGCUUUGCUCACAGCUGCCUUUAUUAGUGGCUACAUGUUUGGCUUGCAGUUUUGUAAGGAGUUGCUGAAGCAAUACAGAGUAGGUACUGCAACCGCAACAGCAUCAUGAGCAGACAAGACUUGAAAGCACAAACCUGCAAGAAGGGCAUUUCACUGUUUCUCCUCCUCCUUACCAUCCUACUUGACCUCUAGGUUCUUGCCAUAAGACGAUGCACAGUGGAUGAGAAAGGUGGAAAAAAACAUGUUGUGGCAAGGAAUCAGGAUGUAGACUUCAUAGGUUUCUAUUCUCAUCUCUGACAUAUUUGUUUGAUAAUUACAAAAGUCACUUCUUCAUCUAUCUCAGUCUACUGAUAGGC